ACGGCGAAUGUGGCCAAUCAAGAUCCUCGCAGUCGCAAUCCUUCCCAACACCGCCUCUCUCUUCGUUCUCUCGGCCGCCGCCUCGUUCCUCCUGCGCGCAGAACACAGCGCCUUCCCCUACCCCUACCCCUACCCCGCCCCCUCCUCUCUUCCAUUCCCAGAUCGCAGCUCCAUGCAAGUAUUGUCGUGAAUCUUGCAGAGAAAUACCAGCCUUUUGCAUCUGAUUGAGCACUGUAUCUUCGCAAGAAAGAUAAAUUGGUUGUGCAGACAAAAAGAGUAUUUUUUAGGGUUGAAAAGAGGGGAGCAUUUGUGUUGAGGUAGUCAGAGAGGCAAGAAGCUCUAGCAGCGGCAAUGCUUUGGUCCAUGGACCCGCAGAUGGCCGUCCAUGGCGACUGGGUGUCGGCCGUGGUGCCGCUGAUGAAGCUGCUGUGCCUGACGGUCAUCGGCCUGCUCCUCGCCAACCCGAGGGUCCAGAUCGUGCCCAGGGCCACCUUCAAGCUCCUGAGCAAGCUCGUCUUCGCGCUUUUCCUCCCCUGCCUGAUCUUCGUCCACCUCGGCAAGUCGGUCACCCUACACAACGUCCUGCACUGGUGGUUCAUCCCCGUCAACGUGCUCAUCAGCACAACCAUCGGGUGCUUUCUUGGGUACAUCGUGGCGCUGAUCUGCCGCCCGCCGCCACACUUGUUCCGGUUCACGGUGAUCAUGACCGGGUUUGGCAACACGGGGAAUCUCCCCAUUGCGAUCAUCGGUUCGGUUUGCCACUCCGGGGAUCAUCCCUUUGGUCCUGGAUGUGACACCAAGGGUAUCACUUAUGUCUCAUUCGCGCAGUGGGUUGCUGUUAUUCUUGUCUAUACUUUGGUCUACCACAUGAUGGAGCCGCCGAUGCAGUUCUAUGAGAUUGUCGGGGAGAGGAAUGAGAUACAGGAAGAGCCUGAACAGCUCAGCAACUUUAGUAGGCCUCUGCUUCAUGAAGCGGAAUGGCCAGGGAUGGUUGAUAAAGAAACCGAGCACUCGAAGACUCCGUUCAUUGCGAGAAUUUUCAUGAGCAUUUCAGGUUCCUCACAAAACACAUUUCCUGAUAUUGAUUUUACUGAAGAGGGAACAUCCGGUGCUGGACCUAGUAGCCCUAAGUCUCUUAGAUGUUUGGCAGAGCCAAAAGUGGUCAGGAGGAUGAGGGUUGUAGCUGAAAAGACUCCAAUUCAGCAUGUUCUUCAGCCACCAACGAUCGCUUCUUUGCUUGCCAUUAUCAUUGGCAUGGUUCCUGUCUUCAAAGGUUUUGUGUUUGGGGCUGAUGCGCCAUUCGCAUUCUUCACUGAUAGUUUGGAAAUCCUAGCAGCUGCUGUGGUUCCCUCAGUGAUGUUAAUUCUGGGAGGCAUGCUUGCGGAGGGCCCAAAGGAUAAUGCCUUGGGCAUGAGGACUGUCGUUGGUAUAAUUGUGGCAAGGCUUCUGGUGCUCCCAUGUAUUGGCAUUGGUGUUGUGAUACUAGCAGACAAGUUGAAUCUACUUGUCGAGCAUGACCGUAUGUACAGCUUUGUGCUUUCACUCCAGUAUGCCACGCCAAGCGCUAUCCUUCUUGGAGCAAUUGCCAGUCUGAGAGGCUAUGGUGUUAAGGAAGCAUCCGCCCUUCUAUUCUGGCAGCAUAUUUGUGCAGUGUUCUCUCUGUCCCUCUACCUGAUUGUAUAUUUCAAGUUGGUUUCUUUUAUUUGAAGACAAUGGCCAUCCAUCCUGUAUGGUAUAUAGCAAUCAUCUUGGGGCAGCAAUAAAAUGAGUACUAGAAGAAUGGGUUUUCAGCCACGUCUCCUGUCAGUUAAAUGUGUUUAUAUUUGCUAGUGAUUUAUAUUUCUGUUACAUGUAUUGUUUGAGAACAGGAGAUACACUUAAUGUCUGUUCAUUUUGGUCAAUUAUAUUGCUGUGCAUUUCUUGAUACUAUUGCUGUUUACAAUUUAUUGCCUGAAAAGUUGUAGAACUAUAGUAGUGGAAAUGAAUCGUUGAUUGUUGCUUAAUAAACAUAAAUGAUUAGUGUUCGGUCUUCUUGUGGAUGGCUCAAAUCAUCAGGGGACCUUGCUAUCUGACAACAGUGGUCUGAUGCAUACGUGUGGCAAUUGAUUUUCAGUGUUCACCCAUUCGUCUUCCUGGUGCAAUGUCCAGAGAGCAGGUAUGUUCUUCAUCCUCCCUUUUGAGAGGUGGACAAAUACCUUUUCCUUUCUGAAGUGUACAUUCAGGUUAUAAAUUUAAAAUCACCACCCAUGCUCGAACUGCAAUUAUUUGUGCAUGAUAGUACCGUGGCUAACACAAGCAUGCUGCUUUACUCCUUUAAAAAAAAAAUGGAUUGGAACUUGUAUAGCUGCGAUAUCCAAGGCUCCAACCUUAUUUCCUGCAGCCGUGCCGGUGUUCUGAUUUGUGUACUAUCAUAAUACAACAUAUGAGUGCUUCUGGGAGAACAGGUUUAUGCAAACAACAAACAAAACACUUUCAUUC